CGAGGAGAGGAGGCAAAACGGCGUAGCGCCGAUUAGAAGAAGGCGAGGAUGAGCGUGAAGCGCCUUCCCGGGCUCUUCUGGGGCGGGAGGAAAUGCUUUCUUCAGGUUCUGCUUACUUCAUCUCAGGGUCUUUUGUAUCAUAAGAAGUCUACAUCUGUCGUAAAACAGAUCUCUCCAUCAGCAACUGAAGCAAAACAUGCAAUAGAUGACUUGUUUUCUUCUGAGCAGCAAUCUGUUAUUUUGCAGUUUCUCAAUUCAGCAUCCGAAGAAGAACUUUCUGCCGUUAAACUAUUGCAAGGAAAAAGGUCUUUUAAUAUAAUUGGAUACAGAAACAAGCAUGGGCCAUUUCAGGAAUUACAGACUUUACUGCAAGUCCCUUUUUUUCAAUAUAAAACAGCUGUUAAAGUAUGCAACUUCAUUCUCAAACCUCUAGAAAAAGAAGAGAAAAAAACAUGCAGUCCUGUGUCUGGGAUGAAAUGUAUCAGUCCUGCAAUUGAAAAAAAGAGAUUGAAGACUGCUAAUAGUAUUGUAUCUAUUGUUUUUGGCAUGCAUAAAAUUUCAUGGGCUCAUGUUAAUAGAGAAUUGGUUGUGCAGAACUGGCAUUUGGAAAUCUACAAAAAUAAGGAAGAAACAUUCACACCAGCAAUGUACUUUACUACGAUAUCUACUAUAAUAUCUACGAUUCCUGAAGCAGACUUUUAUGUUUUGGAAAAAAUUGGACUUCCUCCCACACAUGCUGCCCUGUUUCCUGUAACGUUGCAUCUUCGUAUAAUGGAAGCUGUACUUUAUGCAUUAUUACAAAAACGAUUUGGAGAAGAUGGACAACACAAAGUACUAAGCAUGGCCCGGAAUGCUGUGGGCAGAUAUUUUGGGCUGAUGUUGGGAGAUGUACGAAUUAGUGGAAUAGACCUUGUAAAACAGUUUCUGUUGGACUCUGUUACGCAGACAUCCCGUGUGAGCUUUACAAACAACGUAGCUACUAGGCAUAUGCAUAUAGUGUCAGGUAAUAUAUGGAAAAGAGAGGAGGAACUGUGUGAUUCAUUAUUGCAGGCAAUAGCUUUUUAUGAGCUUCUGAUAUUAAACACCAAUGAAAAUUCUUAAGAAUUAAAUAAAUUCAUGAUU